AUGGCAGCCCAAAAGGAUUACUACGCCGACCUUGGGAUGCCGCGUGAUGCGGACAUUGAGGCAAUCAAGAAGCAGUAUCGAAAGUUGGCGUUAAAAUAUCACCCCGAUAGGAACAGCGGCAACGAGGACGAAGCUAUUGCCAAGUUUCAAAUCAUCCAGGAGGCUCAUGAGAUCCUCUCGGAUCCAACCUCAAAGGCGAAAUAUGACGCUACUCUGGGAAGGGGCCGAUAUCCCGGGGCCUCGGGUGUGAGGGGAAACCCUUGGGCCGAUGUUGGCCAACAGUUUCCCACGCCUCCACGACGAACACCGGCCGCGAGAAACGCAACCUCAGGGGCGCAGCGGUGGCAGACAAGAUUCUCGAGCGGGGUGCCCCCCACGGCAAAACAAACUUUUGGAUCCGAUCCAAAUGCGAAAAAGAACGCUGCCAAGGCGUUUGAGAACAUGCGCAAGAAUACACGGGGCGAACCUCGUCCAUCUGAGCCGCCUCCACCGCCUCCACGACAACCACCAAGAACGGAAUCGGCGAGACAACGACAAGAAGCCUCUUUCGGCUCCAGGAAGUCUGGUUACUAUCCUCGGUCGACUAUGCCUGGGGACGAGCCCCCUGUAUCAAAUGCAAAUUACACCAAUUCUGAACGACGGAAUGUACCACAGCCCCCGCCUCGAAAGCCAGUGCCAAGCCCAAUGCCCGAUCCGUUAGGCCAGUUUAGGGAGAAAGGAGCCUCGUCUGAUUCACGCCACGGUACGUCUUAUACUUCUCGAGGAGGGGAAAAGACAGAUCCUUUUGCUGCAGUGCCGUUAGGCCGCGCUAAGAACGCUCGCGACGGCAACCUUGCUGACGAGGGAUCUGCUUCAGAUGACAAUCAGCGCAGCUCUAAUGUUCCAAGACGACCGACUCAAGAAGAGCGGGAUGCAAAUCUUCGAGUACCGACAGAUGGAGGCCAACAUUCUCAAAGUGCGGACGAGGGUACGGGAACGUAUACCAAUACGUCGCCUGAGUCACGGGCCGACGCGAGAUUCGACGCCGAUCCUACAAACGAGACUGCGAAAUCUCCUAUGGAGGAUAAUUCUUACGUACCAUUAGCAAUGGGCAACAAGGAUGAACCUACUAUGUAUGAAACUCCUCUUAAUCACCAUCGUCAUAAAGUGUCAAUCUUUUCCACAUAUCCAGGCUCCACAAAACCUGGGAAGGCGUGGACAUCUCCGACAGCCGGUCUUGAUAGUUCAGGAACCGUGUAUCAACAAAGGUCUCCGAGUGGGAAAAAGGGUGGCAGUGUCACACUUUUGUCGUUUGAGCGACAACAGACCAAUAUCUUGAAUAGGCUUAUCAACAAUAAGGAAGGCCUUCCGUGGCUCACGGAAGAAAAAGAAUGCAUUUUGUCAACGGAUUGCUACACAGAGACAUCGAAACAUGCACAAGCAGCUAACCGAACCCGAUCACAUAGCUUUAGCUUCCCUAUAAACGAUGACACUUUUGCGGAGACUCCAAACGUGCCUGGCGGACACAGCUUCGCGAAGAGUAGCCUUGAUGACAUAAACACCAGUUUUGUCAAGGACGACAACUCGAACACGUAUCAGUUCAAUGCAGGCACGACUGAAGAGGACGCCAAUGUGGGUUUUAUGCCCUCUUCGUGUACUCAACGAGCUCGUCACUCGACGAUCAAGCGUCCAACCAUGCGUCACAGUGAUAGUGCUAAUACAACCUCUCAUGCUGCGCAGGUCGAGGGUGGUUUUAAUCCCGAUGGAUGGAGCGACAAAUUCAAUGCUCAGACGUUUGUCCCACAGCCACAACCUGGCCCGUCUGCUUCGCCAACACGCGCUAGCCGCACCAACUCCAGGAAACAAAAGAUUAGGCCGAUGGCAGGGACAGCAGCGACAGUUGAAGAAAGCAGUAGCGAAGACGAGACCUACGAAUGGCGCGGAAGAAAUGCACAGGCGCAAGAGCAGGCACCAGCGACUGAUAGCCCGCAGGCUAUGGAUAUCGAUUCGCCGAUGUCCUCUGGUGCAUCUGCAACUCAAACGGCACGAAAUAUCCCUGUCGAGCCAUCUCGACCAGAAUGGCGUGCUGGGAAAGUAGCUGGCGGCAUGGCUGACGAUGAAAAGCCACAGCGACCGGCAAAAGUUCCUCUGGACGUAAAUGCUGCGGGUUCGGAAGAUAGUGAAGAGUUUAGGGCGAAUUUUGCAGAUCUUAAGAAUGUUCCGCCCUUCUCCCAGCAAAAAGUAGGUCUCGAGUCUUUCGACGGAAUGAAGGAUAAUUUACCUUUCGAGAGCAAAGCAUCUGACGGUCCACGAGCCAAGGUACCAAGACCUGUACCUUUGGAGUUUCCCUCGGUCCCACUGGCACCCCGUCUGCCUCCCACGGUCGCUAUCGACGGGAUGAAACCAAACACUGCCUCCUGGACGAAAUAUGUUGGCGAUUUUGAAAGUUACUUGCGACAAUGGGACACGUUCAACGGGCUAGUUGUUGAUCAUUUCGCUACUAGAAAGUUACUGAUUGAGAACACGAGAGCCAGCAAGGGAUAUGGCUUUUUGGCAGCUCGGGGAGAUGCCGAUUUACAAGCGUAUUAUAGCUGGGUUCAGCAGGAUAACGAUGUGCGAAGACAAUGGGUCAGUGUAUGCGAGGAGCAUGAAUCACGGAUGCGAGAAUUUAUGGCGUUCAGAGACAAGAUGAAGGACAGUCGCGCUUGA